ACCAUCAUGCCAGUGGUACGAUUCUUGUGUGAACAAGGAGGCUAGCUACACUGUAUCAAAAAUAAAAAAUGUCAAUUGAUUGCUGCAACGUUAUUUCGAUGGCGACAGUAGAACCCAAACUCAUCCUUUUAUUUAGCGGGAAACGCAAAUCUGGAAAAGAUUACGUGACGGAUUUGAUUCACAAAAGACUAGGUCCAGAUGUUUGCUGUAUCUUGCGUCUCUCGGGUCCUCUCAAACAGCAAUACGCACAGGACCAUGGAUUGGACUUUGAGGAGCUGUUGGGAGCAGGUGAGUACAAGGAGAAGUACCGUGCUGACAUGAUCCAGUGGGGUGAGAAGCAGAGGGAGAAGGACCCAGGGUUCUUCUGUCGUCUGGCCAUUAAGGGAGCCCAGCAGCCCAUCUGGAUUGUGAGUGACACGCGGCGUCUGUCAGACCUGCAGUGGUUCUGGAGGGAGUAUCCUAGUCAGUCUCGCUGUGUUCGGGUGGAGGCCUCAGAGGAGACACGGAGGGAUAGGGGCUGGGAGUUCACAACAGGAAUAGAUGAUGCAGAGUCGGAAUGUGGGCUCGACCAAGGAGUGGAUUUUGAUUGGAUAAUCAAAAAUGAGGGCGAUGGAUCACAACUGGAGGAGCAGCUUGCUACUGGGCUGCUCUCAAUAGCCAAAGAAAAGGCAAAAGAGGACUGAAGUGGAGGGGACAUUACACAGCUCUGCUGAAAGCUCUUAUUGUUGAAAAGUGGAAUUGGAUAUACAUUACACUAUUUUCUGUGAAAAUCCUAGAAUACCUUUGAUACAUUGAGGAGCAGCAGAAAGUGAGAAUAUGUAGUAUUUAUUUCUCUACAGUGUUCUGUACUAUCAACUAAGUAGCAGGGCAAGAAGACUCAAAUCUGAGCAAACACCAGCUCUGACCGAUGUAAGUGAAUUUACAAGGAUCACAUACAGGUAACUGCCAAAAUAAAGGAAACAUUUGAGUAAAUGAGGGCUACAAGGUAUAUUGAAAGCUGGUGCUUCCACACAGGUGUGGUUCCUGACUUAAUUAAACAAUUAAAACAUCCCAUCAUGCUUAUGGUUAUGUAUAA